GCUGCGCGUGAUUCGAGCCCAUGGGUGCUGACAACGGCCUUUUCCUUUUCCUUCUCGCUCCGCUUCUUGUCUGAUUAAUUUGGCUCUGGCCACCCCUUCUCAAGUCUAUCGGCUCAGCAUGGCCCGUCCGCGGCCGCAGUCAUCAACGCAGCAAUUAACUCUCCAGUGCCUUGGCGCAUGCCAACGCUGCGCUACAGCAAUAAUGAGAUCUACAUCGAUGUUGUUGAGCGGUUAGAAGGCACCGUUGGCCGCGACGAUCACUUACGCCGCGCAAAUCUGUACGCUACAGUCGUUUGUCGCAGCCGAUUGUCAGGCAUGCCCGAGAUCCUCAUCGCGCUCAGCAAAGCCGAGCUGCUGCGAGAUGCGUCUCUCCAUCCGUGCGUGCGCGGGCGCAGAUGGCAACAGGAGCAGAUUCUCUCCUUCAUCCCGCCCGACGGCUCCGUCGAGCUCGCUAGCUUCCGUGUCGGCGAUGCGCACAGCGUGGCCUUGUUCGAGCCUGCACAACAAGGGGGCGCCGGCGCUUCCCCUUCUUUGCCGCCGCCGAUGUCGUCACCUGCAGGCAACCUAGAAAACGCCGCGCCGCUCAGCUGCCACUGCUGGAUGCGCGGCGGGUUGCUUAAUCUUGAUCCAGAUGGCGACGGCGCGAUGCGCACGGUCGAGUUCGAGAUCGAGAUCGAGCCACGCUUGCAGCAGGACCGGCAUCUGCAGGAGAUCGUCGUGUCGUUCGAGUUGCCAGAGGAUGCAACCAACGUCGAUGCCGUGCUCAUCGGGGAGGGCAGCAGCAGCGCUGCUCAGCGUGAUGUCGGGUCCGCAGGGACGUUCAUGUACGACUCGUCGCUGCACGUCUUCCGCUGGAGCAUCGGCUCCUUACGUCGCUCAUCGCUGGCACGUGCCAAGGGCAGCUUUGAGACGUACAGCAUCGCCCCCCGACCCGCGAGCAGCGCCACGGUGCAGUUUCAAGUGGGCAUGCACGGUUUGUCGGGCGUCCGAGUCGAUAGCCUCACGCUGCAAGGCGAAGGGUACAAGCCAUUUAAAGGCGUUCGGAACGUCCUCGUCGGCGACCUUGAGUACAGGUGGUCCUAGACCUCACGCAUGCGAUUGCGCUUGUACUAUGGAGCACAGCAGUCUUGCAGCAAAUGGGAGAGGAAAAGAGCAAAGCAGAUCUAUAACAUAGAAUGUGGUGAUUAUCAGACAAAAAAUAAACAAAAAGCUGAGUAUGACGGUGAAAAGAAUCACUGAAGAGCGAAUGAAGAACGAAG